UUUUCUUCUUAUCACUAAAUCAUUCGAUGGAUUACGCGUAUACGAUUCCAUCUAUAUUUCUUACAGUAUUAUCUUCUCAUUCGUAUCUCAUAAAUAUUUGCAAGCGAGCUGAAACGUUAGAUACGUAUGUACAUUGAAAAUCUAUGGCAGGUUACAAACGAAUCUGGCGUAGUAUUUAAUUACAUACGCUCAAAUUAACGUUUCGCGUGAUUUACAAGUAAAAUCGAGUAAAGAAAUUUCAUCAACAUUCACGAGCCGAAAUAAUAAUAUAUAAAUAAAUAAUAUACCUUACAAAAUAGAAAAUAAACGUGGGUCAUCCAGUGGAUGCGCUUAUUUGCCGAAUCGAUCCAAGAUGGCAAGAAUAUUGAUACUGUUCCUUAUCAAUCUGAUGUUCCCGAAUCUUCUACUUGGAGACGUGAUCAGCUCUCAAGUCGACGAUUUAAGCUAUAGACUACCAAUAGAAAUCAAGCCAAAUUUUUAUGAACUAAAUUUGACAGUGAAUUUGAAUUCAAAUUUAUCAGAAACAGACUUCAAAUUUACCGGUGAAGUGAAGAUCGACAUUGUAGCUGAAACACAGGAUGUCCGGUCAAUAACACUGAACAUGAAGAACCUCACUAUAAAGAAUAUUAGCCUGUACCAUUCAAAUAAAACCGCUAUUAAGCUGGAUAGUACUGUAUAUGACGACGUACAUGAAUUUUUAAUUAUCAUGCUUGAUGACAAGCUUAAGAAGGGAAACAACUACUUGCUUACUGUGAGCUAUUCCGGAGUCGUAAACGAUCAAUUAAGAGGAUUUUACAGGAGCAGAUCUGCCGACAAAAAUGGCAAUCUAAUAUAUGUGGCUGCGACUCAUUUCGAGCCAACAGGUGCACGGUUAGCGUUCCCUUGUUGGGAUGAGCCUGCUUUCAAGGCACGCUUCAACAUUUCUAUAACCCAUUCGAAAUCUUACCAUGCGAUUUCGAACAUGCCAGUUGAAGAACUAAAAGUGGAAAACGACAUGAAGACAACUAAGUUCAAAACAACUCCACGGAUGUCCACUUAUUUAGUGGCAUUCAUAGUCUCCAAUUAUGAAUGCAACGAAGAUGGCAUGUUCAGAGUGUGUACUAAGCCACAGGCAGUGAAUCAGACACAUUACGCCUUAGAAAAGGGUAAAAAAUUGCUAGACGCUUUAAAUGAAUAUACCGCAAUCAAUUUCAGCCAUUAUUUACCAAAAAUGGAUCAAGUAUCGCUGAAGGACUUUUCGGCAGGCGCUAUGGAGAAUUGGGGUCUCGUCACUUACAGGGAGUCCGCUCUCCUUUAUCAAGACGGUGUUACCACAACUCGUACGAAGCAAAGUAUAACUACGAUUAUAGCCCACGAAUUUACACAUCAGUGGUUUGGAAAUCUAGUUAGUCCAGAAUGGUGGACGUGGAUUUGGUUGAAUGAAGGAUUUGCAGACUACUUCCAAUACAUUAUUACUCAUAAAGUACUACCCGAAUGGCGAUUAGACGAAGUGUUUGUCGUUGACAACAUACAAGGAAACGCUUUCAUUGCAGAUGCAGGCGAAAAUCCGCGUCCCAUGAACAAGAACGCGAAGACGUCUCAAGAAAUUAGUAGAUUGUUCGACAAUAUUGCGUAUCAGAAAGCGGGGUCAGUUAUUCGAAUGAUGUCACACAUCUUAACAGAAAACGUUUUCCACGAGGGUUUAAAGGAAUACCUUAAGCAGAAUGCACUAAAUGUUGCUAAUUCGACAAAUCUUUUCGAGCAUCUUGGAAAAAAUAAAAAAUGGGAUGGAGCUUCGUUCGGGAAAAUCAUGGACGGAUGGGUGAACAACGCAGGAUAUCCGGUUGUGAAUGUAAAGCGAAACCAUGACGAUGAACUGCAGUUAAGUCAAGAACGAUUUUCAUUUUAUGAAACUAAAAAUGACGCAAACUGGUGGGUGCCUAUAACUUACGUCAACUCGUCUAGCAUGAACUUUAAUAAUACAACUCCAAUUAUAUGGUUAAAACCAGGCCGUAAUGAAACGAUAAAAUUUAAUAAGGCAGAGAGAUGGAUUAUUGUGAAUACACAACAAGCAGGUUAUUAUCGCGUGAACUAUGAGCCAGAAAUGUGGAAACUGUUAUCGAUGCAGUUGAAUUCGGAUAACUACGAGAAUAUCCACGUCGUAAACCGAGCUCAGUUAAUCGAUGAUGCCUUAAACAUGGCUCGCACUAACCGAUUGAACUAUACGGUUGCAUUGACACUCACACUUUACCUUGAGAGAGAAACAGAUUACGUGCCUUGGCAAACGACCUUCAGGAAUAUGCAAUUUUUGCACAACAUGUUACGUACUUCUGUACAAUAUAAUAAUUUUAUGAGUUAUAUUCGAAAAAUAAUGAAAUCCGUGACGAGUCAAGUGAGGUAUAAGCCGUAUCAGAAAGGCGAAGAACUCGAUAUUGUGAAACUUCUUAGGAUAAACGCAAUGGAAUGGGCCUGCAGAGCUGGCGUUGACGAAUGCAAAGAUUAUACCAACAGAGAGUUCAACGCAUGGUUAAGUAAUUCCAGUAGAUCAUUUGACAUUGACUUGAAAAACAAUAUUCUUUGCGAUGGAAUAAGAUCUGCAAAUAAAAAAGUGUGGAACUACACUCUGACCGAAUUGUUGAAAACAAAGGACGAAGACGAAAAAAAGAGUUUACUUUCUCUCUUGGCUUGUUCCGAGUCAGUAGAUCUUCUGAAGGAAUACUUGCACAUGUCUAUUCAGGAAAACGCAACUGUGACAUUUAAUAAUGCAGUUCUAAAUGUAGUGUCUCAGAAUCCAAAGGGUGUCAGCAUUGCUCUGGAAGUGCUGACUAACGAAAUUGAGAAGAUAAAAAAAUUGAACAAAGCUGAAGACGUCAUCAAAUCGAGUGUUGACAUAAUUGCAAGCGCAAUUACAAAUAAGGAUCAACUUACACAGUUAAUUAUGUUUUUGACGAAGGAGAGAUUGAAACCAAACACUCUUCAGACUAUCUUAUUGAAGGCAACCAGAAAUUUGGAAUGGCUAAACGUCCAUCAAGAAACCAUUGAGAACUGGUUGUACACUCACAGGAACUAUUUCAACUCCUCCAGUUCGCUGACGUUUGCAACGCUUCUCAUUAUAUUCUCAAUAUUUAUUACCAGAUUUUACUAAAAACUUAUUCAGUUUAACUGUAGUUAGAAUGUAUUCAAUUGGUUCAUCGAGCAACCGAGUCACAUAAAAAUACAAUUAAGUAUUAGAACAAAUCGAGAAUGAUCAUCUGUAUAGAAUGCAUUAAUACGAUCAUGGAAUCAAUAAUUCGAUAGAGAGAUGUAAUAUAUAAUCCAUGAAGAUGUGGAAUAUUUUUAUAAUUUAAU